UGGUGGUAGUGGUGGCGGUGGUGGCAGCGGUUCUUUCACAAGAGGUUAUGUUGCUGCGGCUUCGAUGACGCUCCUCUGACAGCAGUUGCGGUGACGGUGGGACGGAGCAAGGGUGGCAACGGUCUCGUUGGGCAGUGUCGAAGUUGGCGCGAAGGGUAGAGAGGUCAGCUGUGAUCUGGCUUUGGUUGCGGUGGUAGCAGCGGAAGCGGAAGCCGCUGCAGUAACGAAGACAGGGGGUGAGGAGGUGGGGCCGGGUGAAACUGGUAGUAGUCCCGACUUUGUUAGGCGGAGACACAAAUUUUAUCCUUAUCCCCAUUUUCAUUUAUCUCCUUUUCCUUCACCUGUCACCUUGCCUUACGAGAGUGGUAAGUUCAGGGGCGUUUGCCACUGGCCACCGGAAACGCUGUCGACGGCGUGACACCGGCUUCGCAAUUAGCCUUACUCCUCCCACAGAGAGUAGGCGCCGUAGACAGGAGCUACCGUCAUCCGUCAUUAUCGUAGAAAUUCUGAGCCCUCCCUGACGAGAGGAGGGAGCUCCAGCAAGUCCCUCUCGCACGCACGACGUCCCAGUAUCUUGUACCCGUUAACGGGUGCUUAUAAGGCACGCGCGUCAUCUGCCAGACAUCAUGAACGAGCUCGAUAGCCUUCGUCAAGAAGCGGAGACGCUGAAAAAUGCUAUUCGGGAUGCCAGGAAAGCAGCAUGCGAUACGACCUUGGCCCAGGCCACAUCAGGCAUGGAAUCUAUCGGUCGCAUACAAAUGCGAACGAGACGUACGCUUCGCGGUCAUUUAGCUAAAAUUUAUGCGAUGCACUGGGGAAGUGACUCGAGGAAUCUAGUCUCUGCAUCGCAAGAUGGCAAACUGAUCGUUUGGGAUAGUUACACUACCAAUAAGGUUCACGCGAUCCCAUUACGGUCAUCAUGGGUAAUGACUUGUGCGUACGCGCCCUCGGGUAGUUACGUGGCAUGCGGCGGGCUGGACAAUAUCUGUUCCAUCUAUAGUCUUAAAACUAGGGAAGGGAAUGUUCGGGUGAGCAGAGAACUUCCAGGUCAUACUGGAUACUUGUCCUGCUGUCGGUUUUACGACGACAACCAAAUCGUCACCAGUUCCGGUGAUAUGUCUUGUGCUUUAUGGGACAUCGAAACUGGCCAGCAAUGUACGUCAUUUAUCGGGCAUACUGGCGAUGUGAUGUCUUUGUCGUUGGCGCCGGAUACACGCACCUUCGUGUCCGGUGCGUGCGACGCCAGCGCGAAGUUAUGGGACAUUCGUGAAGGCUCCUGUAAGCAGACCUUCCCGGGUCAUGAGAGUGACAUAAACGCCGUCACGUUCUUCCCGAAUGGAUAUGCUUUCGCGACGGGCUCAGACGACGCGACCUGCAGACUUUUCGACAUUAGGGCGGAUCAAGAGCUCGCGAUGUAUAGUCACGACAAUAUCAUUUGCGGUAUCACCAGCGUAGCUUUCAGCAGGAGCGGUAGAUUAUUGCUGGCGGGCUACGAUGAUUUCAACUGCAAUGUUUGGGAUUCUAUGAAGACGGAGCGAGCUGGAAUUCUCGCUGGGCAUGACAAUCGUGUGUCUUGUCUCGGCGUGACGGAAGACGGCAUGGCGGUGGCGACGGGCUCCUGGGAUUCGUUCCUACGCAUUUGGAACUAACUUGGGGCUG